UCCGGAGCUCUUCGAGGCUGUGGUGCUGCGCGCGGCCCUGAAUGAAGAGAAACGGCGCCGGAGUGAUUUAACGGGACCGGAUGCUGCACGCGCUCACCCCGCUGUUUGUGUGUGUGUGAGUGUGUGAGUGUGUGUGAGUGUGUGAGAGUGAGCAGUAGAAGGUGUGUUUCCGGUGUCGGUGUGCUGGAGGACAGAGGAAUGUGGAGUUUACAGAAUGCCCGACAGCGCCGGAAAGAGAUUUAAACCCACCAAAUAUAUCCCAGUGUGCACCGCGGCCACUCUGCUGGUGGGCUCCUCCACGCUCUUCUUCGUGUUCACGUGUCCGUGGUUAGCGAACGUUGUUUCUCCCGUGGUUCCUGUCUACAAUGGCGUGGUGUUCCUCUUUGUCCUGGCUAAUUUCAGCAUGGCCACCUUCAUGGACCCGGGCGUGUUCCCUCGAGCGAGUGAGGAUGAGGAUAAGGAUGAUGACUUUCGAGCUCCUCUCUAUAAGAACGUGGAGGUGAAGGGUAUUCAGGUGCGGAUGAAAUGGUGCUCCACCUGCCACUUCUACAGACCACCACGAUGCUCACACUGCAGUGUGUGUGACAACUGUGUGGAGGACUUUGAUCAUCACUGUCCGUGGGUGAAUAACUGCAUUGGUCGGAGGAAUUACAGGUAUUUUUUCCUCUUCCUGCUCUCUCUGAGCACACACAUGCUGGGCGUGUUCUCAUUCGGCCUGCUGUUCAUCCUCAACCACCUGGAGAGCCUCACAGAGCUGCACACCACCAUCACUAUGAUAGUGAUGUGUGUUUCUGGUCUGUUCUUCAUCCCCGUUAUGGGACUCACCGGGUUUCACUUAGUGCUGGUGGCCAGAGGGCGCACUACUAACGAACAGGUAACGGGGAAGUUUCGGGGAGGUGUGAAUCCUUUUACUCGUGGUUGCUGUGGCAACGUGAAACAUGUUCUUUGCAGUCCUCUAGCUCCAAGGUAUAUGGUGGACCCCAGGAAGAAGCCGAACAUCCAGAUAAACCCCCCGUUCCUGCGCCCCGUUGUGUCUGAGCGUAACGUCGUUGUUAAAGUCAGUGAUAAUGGAGUUCACGCCAACAUCCUGAGGACGAAGUCAAAAGCCAGUCUGGAUGGUUUGGGAGAGAAAAGUGCAGAUAUUCAGCCUCCUCUUCCUCCUAAAGCUGAACGUCACCACCAUCAUCAUCAUCAUCAUCAACAUCCUCCUCAUCCUCAGCAUCAGGUCCAGAAUCAGCAGACGUCCAGUGAAGAAAGUUCUGUGUCCAGUAAGCCCACCACUCCAUCCACUCCGGCCAUGUACAAAUUCAGACCGUCGUUUGGCACGAUGCCCAAAGUGCACUACCACGCCACGGGAGAGAAGGUCUCAAUGUCCGAGGACUCCAAAUCGGCGGCCAUCUUGGAAGAGCGAGCUCACGACUAUCGCUCCGAGCCGAACCUCGAUUUCCCGGAUUACGGCGGCGCAGAAGUUCCUCCCCUUCAUCGCCAUUUCCUGUCGUCUCCGUUUCAGCUCGACUCAUACAGCCUGAAACACGCCGGCCGUAGGGAGGAACCCGCGAAGCUAGGGGGCGUCAAACCCGAGUCGGUGACGUCCACGCCUCACAGGGGCGUGUUUUCCCCCGGGACAAUGUCCAGCCGCAACGCCAGUCUGUCCUACGACAGCUUAUUAUCACCGAGCGUUGCCGUGGCGCCCUCUGUGCCCUUCCACUCGCCUUACCUGCCUGCUAAGACAUGCCUUGUGCGACGUCCUGAAUUGCAGCGCCAGCACUUCCCCUCUUCCCCUUACAGCCCCGCCCGGGUGGGGUACCUGUACAGCCGGGAGCGGGAGAGAGAGCGAGACGGGGAGAGAGAGCGAGACAGGGAUCCGUCUCCUGUCCGCUAUGAUAACCUCUCCAAAACCAUCAUGGCGUCCAUCCAGGAGCGGAAAGAGCUGGAGGAGAGGGAGAGGCUCAUUCACCGUCAAGGCCACGCCCAUGCACACAACCACGCCCACAUUUACGCCAACGAUUCGGGCGUCUUUGACGGACGUUUUCCCGCCUCCAGAGGGUCUCGGGACGAGCUCACCAGGGUCGGGGUGAUGUCCUUCGGCCCUCGCGUCCUCCACUCCUCGGCGUCGUCGCUGGUCCGAGUUCCCGGAGCGUCCACUUCUUCUCUACACGACGAGGUGGGAAACGUCCAUUAUCGCUCGCCGUCCCAUCAGCCCCCUCUCUCUCCAUCACUCUCUCCACGUUCUCCCUCCUUCUCUCAUCACAAACGGUCCUACAUCAGCGCCGUGGAGAGAGCCGAAUCACCUCACCUGGGCCACAGGGAGGAAACGAAUCGGGCGAAAGUUAAUGGACAGGCUAAAGGGCAGACGCGAGACUGCCACCCGGUGUCCUCCACCGGAACACCGCUCAGCCCGAGCGUCAAAAAGGUGACGGGAGUGGGCGGGACUACGUACGAGAUAUCUGUGUGACACACACCAGGAAUAGCCAAUCCAUACGCGAGGCAGUACUGCCAUAGUGACCGACACUACCACCAGUGACCGAGCCUCUCUUUCAGGACACUGUAGCCGACCAAUCAGAGCCUUUCUCAUAGGGGCGGACGGGCCAAUCAGAGCAGGUCUUUCACCGUUCUGGUCCAAUCAGAGGAGGUCUCUCAACAUCUCUGGGUGCUUUCGGUUGGUGAUCGCCACAUCUCGGGUGGGGCCGAGACAUUACUCUCUGUGUGUGUGUGUGUGUGUGUGUGUGUGUGUGUGUGUGUGUGUGUGUGUUUCAAAUCAGGAGUUUUCAUGGAUCCCUUUAUUCCAGAUGAAAAUUGGUUUAAAAAGCUACAAAGGAAAACAAUCUCCUCUGAAAGGGCUGAAGUGUCCGUUAACUGUAAUAUCCAAUAAAAAGGUGCUCUCCGUGUGUAUGUGUGUGUGCAUGUGUGUGUGUGUGUGUGUGUGUGUGUGUGUCAGACAGAGAGAGAAAGAAUGUAGGCCACCACCACCGUUAUCAUUUACACCCUGCGUUAGCGUUAGCGUUAGCAUGCAGUCUGUUUUUAUUCUGACUGAAAUCUCAGAAACUUUUUUACUUUUAAAUAAAUAAUAAAUAAAAGUGCAUUAAUCACCACGUUUGUGCUAAAAACACUCACAAACAUGUCACAUGCCUCAGAUCUCCAUGUUAGCGCUCUGGCUAGGCGGCCAUGUUGGUGUAAAUAAAUACCGGUAAUCAUAUCAAAAUUAUUGGCACCCUUCAGAAUAUAUGUACAAUUAAUAAUAUCUCAAAUUAAAUAUAUGUGUAUAGUUUUUAUUAAAGAUGUUAACUUUUUUUAUAUAGCUAAUAUAAAUUAUUUUUAAAUAUUUAUUUGUUAAUUUUAUAUAUGAAUUUUCUCUAACAUAAAUCAUUCCUGUGCAUUUUUUUUAAGAACAGUAUUUUGUCAUUAAAAACAUGGUAAAAAAAAAUUUAUUGGCACCCCUACGAAAUGACAACAUUUAAAAAAAAAAUUGUGAUUCUUGGAGAAAUAAUUAAGAUUAUUAUUGUCUAAAUAUAUACAGAUAAUAAAAAUAUAUAUAUAUUGUUGCGUCUGAGAAAAUAAUCAGCUGCAAAUGCAGGAUACGGAUAUAAAGAUAUAUACACAUGUUCAAUACUAACAUUUUAAAAGCUACAGAAGUGCUGAGGAGGCGCAAAGACGCAGAAGAUCAGAGUCAGCUGUGUAGACUCUGUGUCUGUUGCAGUGAGCUGAUUGGACGAGAAGCUCUUCCUCACCACAGAGCUCAUGAACUUCAUCAUCAGGGAUUUUCAUGAAGGGUGCCAAUAAUUCUGGAGUUCAUCGUUUUCCACCUAAACUAGGCAGAUAGAAUUAAAAUGUCGAAGUUUCCUUGUGUCGUGAUGUGUCGUGAUGUGUGUGUGUGUGUGUGUGUGUGUGUGUGUGUGUGUGUGUGUGUAAAACUGACGUUAGCUUGUUGCAUGUAUUGUGCAUCUAGUGGAUUUUUUUUUCACGUGAGCUAGCCGUGUUAGCCGUGUUAGCAUGCGACAUCAGAAAUUCAGUUCAUUAAAUAAGGAAGAAAAACAGUGUGAGUCUAGCAGGGGGAACAUACUUAUGAUCAGUCUGCCUCCGCAGGGGGGUUACAGUAAAGCACACUUUGUCCCCUAUCUGGGGCUCUAAAAUGGAGAUCUGUGGUUACAGCCGACAUCAGACACGGUUUUACUUAUUGUUCAAAUAUUACAAAUUUGUAAUAACUGACCCCACCUUUCCCCUUAACCCCGCCCUUACCUGACCCACAUUUCCCCUUAACCCCGCCCUUACCUGACCCCACCAGUCCCCUUAACCCCGCCCUUACCUGACCCCACCAGUCCCCUUAACCCAGCCCUUACCUGACCCACAUUUCCCCUUAACCCCGCCCUUACCUGACCCCACCAGUCCCCUUAACCCCGCCCUUACCUGACCCAACCAGUCCCCUUAACCCCGCCCUUACCUGACCCCACCAGUCCCCUUAACCCCGCCCUUACCUGACCCCACCAGUCCCCUUAACCCCGCCCUUACCUGACCCCACCAGUCCCCUUAACCCCGCCCUUACCUGACCCCACCAGUCCCCUUAACCCAGCCCUUACCUGACCCACAUUUCCCCUUAACCCCGCCCUUACCUGACCCCACCAGUCCCCUUAACCCCGCCCUUACCUGACCCCACCAGUCCCCUUAACCCCGCCCUUACCUGACCCCACAUUUCCCCUUAACCCCACCCUUACCUGACCCCACAUUUCCCCUUAACCCCGCCCUUACCUGACCCCACCGUUCCCCUUAACCCCGCCCUUACCUGACCCCACCUUUCCCCUUAACCCCACCCUUACCUGACCCCACCGUUCCCCUUAACCCCGCCCUUACCUGACCCCACAUUUCCCCUUAACCCUGCCCUGACCUGACCCCACAUUUCCCCUUAACCCCACCCUGACCUGACCCCACAUUUCCCCUUAACCCCGCCCUUACCUGACCCCACCGUUCCCCUUAACCCCGCCCUUACCUGACCCCACAUUUCCCCUUAACCCCACCCUGACCUGACGCCACGAGUCCCCUUAACCCCGCCCUUACCUGACCCCACAUUUCCCCUUAACCCCGCCCUUACCUGACCCCACAUUUCCCCUUAACCCCACCCUGACCUGACGCCACGAGUCCCCUUAACCCCGCCCUUACCUGACCCCACAUUUCCCCUUAACCCCGCCCUUACCUGACCCCACAUUUCCCCUUAACCCCGCCCUUACCUGACCCCACAUUUCCCCUUAACCCCGCCCUUACCUGACCCCACAUUUCCCCUUAACCCCGCCCUUACCCCUCCUUUUAUCUUGAACCCAUCUGAAAUUGAACCCACCUUGACCUGGCCUGUUCUUUCACCUAGACCCCACUCUGACCUUUCACCCUGACUCCGCCCCCUGUCCUUACACUACACUACCCCGUUCAGUAAUAUCAUAUCAUAACUCUAACAAUAUCAACAUUUAUCUUUAUAUUUCUCACGUUACUGUAAGAGCAGAACUCUUUAUAGUUUCCUGUACAGAGAAUUUUACUUUAACGCUUUAACGGCAGCUUUAUUUUCAAUUUCUGCUUCUGUAGAUAACGUGGUCUUUUACGUUGUUAUUUUGUGUACCAGUUUAGCAUAGCAUAAUGCUAACACUGGCUCUGUUUCACGUUUAAACAAGCCCUGAACUCCCUCAGUGUCACAUCCUGUACAAUGUAAUAUUUUUUUUUUUUAAAUAUAUAUAUAUAGUUUUGUCUAGACUCCGGAGACGUGACAUCACACCUGCUGUUAUCCGAAAGACAGGAUCUUUAUUUUCUUUUCUCUUUUGUUUUCUUCUGCACUGUCUCUCAGCCAGUAAAACAGACCUGAUUUUAUUCAGACAGGAGUCCAUGUUUAAGUUAUUCAAAUAUCUUUCACUAUAUUAUUUAACCCUCACACCUGAUAUUGUAUAAAAGUUAUUUAAAAAUGACUCUACUUUCAUACAUUACUUUUAUACCAUAUAUAUAUAUAUAAAUAUAUAUAUAUAUAAAAUAAAUAAAUAUAUAAAUAUACACGAGUGAGUAAAUCUGAGUGUAGAACUGAUUAAAUGGAAACCUGGAUGUUUUAUCGUGUAUCAUGGGAUGUUGUGUGGAAUUGUUUUGCCCUUGACAGGCUGUCUGGCACAGCAAAGCAUUCUGGGAGGAAAAAAAAAGAAUAAAUGAUGUGUGUACAAUUAUAUAAAAAAAAAAAAGAAAGAAGAAGAAGAAAAACUACAAGAAUCUUUUUCUGUUUAAAUAAAGAUGUGUUCUGAAGAAAUAUUACAAAGUAUUAUAGUUUGAUAUUGAGGUACAGCUGUUAUUUUUUUGUUUAUCUAAAAAAAGUCUAAAUAAAUAAAUACAUUUAGUCUGAAA